AUGACAUCCCGCGAAGAAACCGUCCUAGCUCCCAUCGAUCCCUCUCUCACCGAUGAGAACGAUUGGUGGGAGUUUGGGCUCACCGAUGUGAAGGUGCUGAAGCCUGGGAAGAUGCUAUAUGCGAACCUACUCGACGCCACCGAACAAAACCCAGUACAGGUGAUCGGCUGCUUAGAGCCGCUUCGCAAGGAACAGGAACAUUUAGGUGUGUAUUGGUCCAGUUACAAGCGCCGCAUCAUUAUCGAUGAUGUUACGCACUAUGCCUACGGUCAAACUGAGGAUAAGAGUAUUGAGAUAUGGGUUGCCGGUAAGGCUGGUUGGUACGACAUUAUUUCGCCCGCCAAGGGUUUCACGCCGACAUACAAUCGCAUGGUCCAGGCGAUCGACAUGCUAUAUUUCUUGGUUGAUAGACACCAGCAAGGAAAGAAACAGGUCAAUCCUUCAUUUCGCAGUCUCUGCGAACAGUACAUUUACCACACAUACGGCUCAUGUGAGACCCGAGAGCAGUCAGCGGAAGUAUUUGCGCUCCAUGCUCCUUUCUUACUUCGUUGCAUGAUUCAAGGUGAUGCAGAUGUCGACUGGAAGAAGACAAAUGUAUUCACCCAUCUUCGUCGCCAAUUCAAUGAUGACUAUAACCGACUGAUGGAAGAGCUGUCACCUUCUGAGGAAGAUGAAACCCCAGAGGAACCAGAAGUGUCGACUCCCCGGCACAACCCCUCCACGAUCUCAAAGUCACAAACCGAUGCUAUCUACCGACUUCUCAAAGAUCUCCGAGACGAGGGCCAUUUGGCAAAGCGUCGUCUAAACAUCGACCUCCUAAGAGAACGCUUUGCGGAGCGGUAUUCUCUCAGCCUGGAGGAUGCCCAACAGAUCAUUUGCGUCAGGGCAGACGAUGUGCUAAAAUUGAUGGAUGCAGGGGACUUCCGAUGGUCUCGCUAUGUCAUUCAUCGGGACCUCACCUGUUCCUCCACAAUCGCCCACCCUCUACCACCUGCACUUCUCACGCCCCUGGAUGUGCAGGAGGAUUCCAGCGACGACGAACGCUACGGCCGGACACAGAAGUCCGUACUGCGCCCAAAGGCCGCCACAUUCUCCAUCAAAAUCACCGGCAAACGAAACCGCAAUACCUCCACAAACCAACAAAUCGUCCAAUCCAGCCCAGAAGACGACCAAGAAGAUACCGAUGAGAUCGACGAGAUCGAGACACCCAGCAAAACGCGCGGCCACGAGCUCAUCAGAGAUCCAUUCUCAGCCUCAAGACCGCGCACUCGCUCACUCGUAUCAGCCUCCUCGAGCAGUGCCGGCCCCUCGCUCAUGAAGAGCCUCUUCAGAGACACCAUUAAAGAAAGACUUCAGUCUCCCUCUGUAUCUGUCUGUAUCUCUCCAACAAACCACAAGCCCCUAACUCCAGAGCGAGAUUCAACACCCGAUGCACCACCGCAGGUGAAGAUGGAAGCAUCACCAGUCGACAUCUCUGAUCUAUCAGAUACGUGGACAUGUCGCAUGCCCGGAUGCGACAAGAUAAUCACCUCGACCGACAGAAAAGAGCGCAAGAAGCUCAUCGGUGACCACGCCGGUGAACACGACUGGGAAACUCAAAUGAAAGUCGAACUGAUGGAGUCAGAGAAACGUAUGCACGCUUCUUUACCCGUUAACAACCUCAUGCAAUACGUUAUCGACGCGCAUAUCCUGCAAAUGCGCGCUGCUUUCCCUGAAUUCUAUACCACAAGCCAGACAAAUGGCGCUGGAAACGGACAGGUGUCUACAUCGACAGCUGGGGAAUUAGAAAGACAGGACGACGAAGACGAGGAGGACGAUGAAGACGAGGAACUUGAGGACCUAAUGAACGGCUUCGGUUGA